AUGGCAAUUUUAAGUUUAGUUGGAAAGCAAAUGAAAAAUAUGGUAGGUAUUGCAGGCAAGAUGUUUACCACAUUAGCUGCAGCGAAUGUGAACAUUGAGAUGAUAUCUCAAGGCGCAUCCGAAAUUAACAUUUCUUGUGUUAUUGAUGAGUUUAAUGCAGAAAAAGCGUUAAAUGUUAUACACGAUCAACUUCUGAAUACAUCACAAUUACUGCCACAAACGACCCAAAAGUAA